AUGUCUAACCAGAGACGCAACUGUCACUUGGUGCCACCUUCAGACCUGGAUGGAUCCUACCUUGGUGUAGCUAGACUACAGACUUUGUAUAAGGACCACAACGUAACUCGUAGAAGCCCUAGUCUUCAACCUUCAACUCGACCUAGUAGGAAUAGAGGGGUCCUUGGGGCUGGCACCCAUGGAUGUCAGACAGAGGCCAGCAAUGGGGGUCUUUUGGAAAACGGAUUGCACCACAAAUGCAACAACAUGACAUCUCCAUCUGAGCAGCAUCCGAGCCCCCAUUUUAGAAGAACUCCUGAUGGGGAGAAGAGGAAGAACGGCUGUCCCAUUCGGGGGUGUCCUCUCCAUCAAAAAUCAGGAAACUCGGCUCACAAAUCUUUCCAGGAUGGUUGCCACGUGCAAGACCGAUAUGCGCGACCCCCGUGCGAAUCUUCCUCGGAGUAUUUUGGCUCGCCGCACCCUCCGAGGCAGAAGGCCGGCGAAGCCUUGAGAUUGAAAGAAGUCGAUCGCGAUCAAAACGUCUCGGAAGAGAAAAGGAAGCAGCUCCUGCUACAGAAAAUUGAGCUGGAGAUGGAGAAGGAACGUCUCCAGAAUUUGUUAGCAGAGCAAGAGGCUAAGCUUCUCCAUCAACAAGAGCAGUUACAGAAGUCCAGGCGGGACUAUCACCGGUUCAAAGCCCACGCCGCCAAUUCAGACGAGGUGCUCCUGGGCGAAACCCAGAUGGGACCGGGCUCCUUGGCGCCAGCCAUGAAUGGAAUUUGUGAUGGCGUCGGGUAA